AUGACAUCAUGGCUCUCCCCACCCCUCCUCCUCCUCCUCCUCCUCUGCCUCCUCCCUCCCCAGACCCUUUCCACUCCACACCGCGUUAACAAGUCUAGACCUCCAGCUCUUUCGCGCUUAUGCCGUACGACCGCCCUUCGUUACAACCUGUCAACGGCUAGAGAAGUCGUGAGCCUCGCGCAUGACAUCAUAUUCGGGCUGCUGUGUGGGGAGGCUGUGCGUUUCAGCUGCGCACCACCAGGGCAGAACCGAGAUGCUCAGCCGCCACGCCUGACCGGAGAGUCCAGAACACCGCGCCCUGGCCGUCCUGUGACGUUAUGUCAGGGCCAAAAGUACACGAGAGCAUGGGAAACACAUGGUGUGGCUGCGGAGCUUAUCCGCCUUGGGGCUAAAAGUUGA